ACUAUAACUAGCCUAUUAAACCCUAAGAAAAUGCUGUGACCGUGGCCGUGCUUCUAUGGCUAUCAGGCGCGUAGCGCGCCUGCUUGGAGCCGUCUAUGAGUUGCAGGUGCUGCCUGCAGCAGCUAGGGCUAGCACAGCAGCGGCAGCGACGAUUACUAGCUCGGCGGACGCCUUAGCACCGACAGCACCGCACCCUAGAAGGGCUCUUUUGCAAUUCCCUACUCAGGCUACUAUUCAGCAUGUUCAGGCGGUCCAUACGUAUACUCUUACAAUAACAACUGGCAACCGACGUGGUGCCGGCUCUUUGGCGCCGGCUUGGGUGCAAUUAGUUGGCACAAACGGGAAGUCGGAGCGCAUCCUGGUGGGAGAGACAGACGAGGAUCGCUUAGCUCGCGGCUCCGUUCGCACGGUAUCGGUGCCUGCGCCCGAGGAGCUGGGCCAACUCCGCUUCGUUAACGUGCAGCGGUUGGGGAGCAGUAUUAGCGAUGCAGGCACAGGAUGGUUCCUGGAGCAUGUGGUGGUGGAGACUCCCGAGCAGCAGCGCCUCUACUUCCCCUGCCACGCCUGGUUCGGGGAAGCUGACGCGGGCGUCAUGCACGGCCCCCUGGAGCGCAACCUCCUUCCCGCCGCACCCGAGGACGCGGAGAUCGCCUCCGAGCCGGUCCGCCUCAGCGCCUCCGGCAUGGCCGUUCCGCACCCUGACAAGGUCAAGCAGGACGGAGCCAAGGGCGUGAACCGCAAGGGCUUCGGCCACGGCGGCGAGGAUUCCUACUUUUACUGCGCAGGCAAGAACGGCGUGUUCGCACUGGGCGUGGCGGACGGUGUGUUCAUGUGGCGCGAGAGCGGGAUCGACUCGGGCGUCUUUUCCCGCGCGCUGAUGAAGCUCAGCGAGCAGAGUGUGCAGGCGGGCAGUGCGGAUGUGGUGAAGGUGAUGCAGGAUGCGGCAGCGGGCGCCGCAGCGUCGGGUGUCAAGGGCAGCAGUACGGCAUGUAUCGUACUGGUGAAUCAGGAUACGGGGCAGCUCUGGGCGGCCAACCUAGGGGACUCGGGCUGCCUGCUGCUGCGACCUGCCACGGCGCCGCCGGCAGGCGGCGACGGCAGCCACCACCCUCACCCUGCCCACCACCCGCAACAGCAGCCGUACCAGCAUCAUCCCCGCCACCAUGCACACCCCAACCAUCACCAACAGCAGCACCAACUGCAUGGGCGGAAUCACAGCGGCAGCCACCACCAUAGCCACCACCCGCAUCCGGGUCACUCCGGCAUCGGGCGGCAUCACGGCCGGCCGCUCACCGCAGCAGAGAACGCAGCAGCCGCGGCCAACCAUGCGCCGCCCGUGCCGUACACUGUCAAGUUCCGUACCAACCAACUGGAGCACGAAUUCGGGCGGCCGUACCAACUGGGCCACCAUGAGGCGGCUGAUUCGGUUGAGAAGUGUGAUGUGGCGAUGCAGGCCGUACGGCCGGGGGACGUACUCGUGCUUGGUACCGACGGGCUGCUUGAUAACCUCUCGGAUGCCGAGAUUGCUCGGGAGGUUGCGGUGUGUCGUAGCCAUGGGUCCGGCCCCAGUGUGAUCGCGCACCGACUGGCUCGGCUGGCAUUCGAGGCGUCGUACGACAAGAGCCGUAGCACGCCGUACUCUACGGCGGCUUCGGAGCACUUUGACAUGGUGUACAGCGGCGGCAAGCCGGAUGACAUUACGGUGCUGUGCGCGAUCUGCGAGUAAGGAGGAGUACGGAGGAGUAAGGAGCAGCUGCUGCUGAUGAUAGGUGGCAGGAAGGCAUGGCCCAUAAGGUUUGUUUGAGGCAUGAUUGCAAGCCGACGGGGAGAAUUCCCCGAAGAGGAGGAGGAAUGGAAAGUGGCGGGAAAGGUUCAUGUUGGUAUCGGAAGGCGCAGCGCUAGAAGGGUCGGGAUUUGCGGUGAGGAGGAGUCGCCACGACAACGGCAUUCGGACUGGGGUUGCUAUGGUUCCGUUGGGGGCCCAAAUUGGGUUCCAUGGGGGGUCUUAGCUGCUGGUCAGCGAUUAAGCACGUCAAUAAUAAUAAGCGCGGCCUAUUUUGGCUUAAAGUCCGUGCUAUGUUAUGAUCUUACCGCGCUGGGCUUUGGCGGUAAGACGCUUUGUCUGCGCGGCGCAAUUGCGUCCUGCUAAGCAGGACUGCUGUGGAAUGAUGCGGGGUGCUCCAUGUAAGCAUGCAUAUGACGGGAUCCGUGGGCUAGCAUCGGUAGCAGGCGGUAAGGGAAGGGGAAGAGCAGUUGUUUACAGCACGGCGUGGCUUGUGUGCGGGUUUGUGUGCACAUUAGGUAGGCAGGUACGACAGGCGUGUGUGAUUGUGUACAUGUGUCUGAAUUGGUGGUGCAGCUCAUUAUUUUCUUCGCUGUAAGUGCCGAAGUGUCUUGAAAACACCGUUCGUUUGUGUGUAGCUGUUGGUGCGUUUGAUUAAUGGCUUGGCUGGGCCGAAGCAGCCGCGUAAACGAAUAGGCGGCCUUCCUAACCGGCGUCGACAAGUGUCGACCGGACGUGAGGAUGGCCACCUACAAAAUACGUAGACCGCGUUUUCCUUGUGGAACGGAACGGAACAGCCCUUGGAAGGGUGCUGAUGGAUGUGCGUGUGGACGCGUGCCUUAUUGUGGCUUGCGUAGGGUUUUGCGCUUUUGCAUGAUUGCGUCUUUACGUGGCAUGGGCGCUAUGUUAGCAACCCCCUCCGGUGGGUGUUUGUUGUUACCGGGACAUGCUUCGGGUACGAUAGCGCUGCACAGGCGGCAUGAGCCGGAACUGUGCAGCUGUGACCCUCAACAAAUCUACUUUUUAGAUCCCGGUUUUGUUUGCAUGAUCUCUUCAAAGCUUUUAUGUCUUGCGGUCAGGUAUGUCGCUGAAGUCUGAAGUUGUGUUCCCGUGUUCCUCCUUACCUUGUAGCUGCUGCUGAGGAUAGCGGGAAGGAGAAGGAGAAGCCUCAUAACUGUCAUAACACGGUGUGCUUGGGGCAGGGCUCUUUCCGACACAAACCCCGCCCUUGCAAGGGCUUAGCCGUGGCGGCUACAGUCCACAAUGCAGACGAGGUUGCUUGUAAUGGAGACAGAAAGGACUCUGCCUAUUGUAUGCUUGCACGGCAUGUACGGCACUUCUCCGGUUGGCUCCAGCGAAAGACAUGGUGUCUGUAGUC